AAUAUAAAUCUAGUAUUCUGUGUCUAAAUACUAUCAGUAACAGUCACUCUAAGAAAAUUACUGACACUUAAAUUAUAUUCUGAAUAGAUUCGAUUAAGUCCACAGUUAUUAAGCUGAAUUUUAUAGUAAAAUGACACCGAAAGUAUACGGAAUUUAUGGAAGUCCACCAUUUGGGGCUGUGCUAAUGUGUGCCAACGUUCUCAAAAUUAAAAUAAAUAUUGAAAUUGUGAACAUUUUAAGUAAAGCUCAUCUUAAGGAGGACUUUGUUCAGAAAAAUCCUCAACAUACCGUCCCUUUAUUAGACGACGACGGCUUUCUUCUGGCAGACAGUCACGCUAUCAAUGGAUACUUAGUGGGGACAUAUGGAUCUAAAAACGACCCUUUGUAUCCUAAAGAUGACAUAAAACGAAGAGCCUUAAUCGACCAUCGAAUGUAUCUCGAUUGUGGUAUAAUUGCUGCUAGAGGUUUUGUAAUUACAAGACCUUUGGGAUUAGAUGGUAUCCAACCGGUUCAGCCAAGCUUCGACGAUCUCAAAGAAGGUUUCGCUACUUUAGACAGACAAAUAAGACAGGAAAACUCAAAGUACAUAGUCGGAAACGAACUGUCUAUAGCGGAUUUCAGCAUUACUUCUUCAGUAACAUGUUGGGGAGUUUUCGUGAAAAAUUGGGAGAAUGAGUUUCCCAACAUCAAAGCUUAUAUCGACCGGAUGAAGCAGGAGGCGUGGUUCGAAGUCCACACGGAAGGAAUUAACGCAUUCCAACGAUUUGUAAAUGCGAAGUUGCAAGUGGCAUUAUAAGUUUUUCAAAGACAAAAGUUCGAUUUUUGCAAGUGUGGGGCGAUUUCCUAUGCUUCUAUUUCUAAAGCCAACCUAGAUUAGUAGUCUUGCUACUGACUUUACUUUUUACUAAUAACUACAAAUUGUUUUAUGUUCAAUGCGAUAGAGGCCUAACCUAAACUGAAUAUGAAACUACCAAAACAUCCAAAAGGUAAAUUUGUCCACUGGAACAACACUAUGGCAGAUGAGCCAAAAUCCGAAGACCCUUUGAUACAAAAACUGAAAAUGCAAAAAAUUUGCUGAAAUAAUUGAAAUGUCUUAAAAUCGAAAUGAAGUAACUAAAUACAUUUUUCAAAUAUAUAUUUCCGAAAACAUGGAAAA